AUGGCCAUCUUCGGGAUGGGCAUCUUCGUCAUCGUCGCCCCCAUCCUGCACAAAAUCUACUGCCUCGUGCCGUCCCUGAUCUCCUACGUCUACAUGAACUGCUAUUUCCGCGAAGUGACGGAGGCCGUGCUGGUGAUCAACCUGCCAAUCCCCUGGCCCCUCCUGCGCGACGUACUGCCCGCCCUCAAGAUCUGGACUGACUGGUCGGAAGGAGCGCCGAAGCAGUACCAAUCCAACCUCGGGAAGACCAGAGCGCCUGUCUCGACGUUCCCGGCCGAGCCUUCCACAGCCGAGAGAAUUCCAUCUGCACGACUACACGGACAGCGGUAUCUCCAAGCCGCAGAAUGUGAUGUCGGAUUCCACUCUGGAUCCGGUGAAUGA